AUGGGAGUUGGGUGGAAACUUGUAAUGAUUUUGGGACUGGUUUUGGUUUUGUGGGGUAUUCUGUAUAAAUUGAAACUUGGCCAAUCAAUUAAAUCACUUCCAACGGUCGGCUUUAAUGUGGAGACUGUCACUUAUAAAAAUAUUAAAUUCAGUGUGUGGGAUGUUGGAGGUCAAGAGAAAAUAAGGCCACUUUGGAGGCAUUACUAUGUUGGCACGCAAGCUUUAAUAUUUGUUGUAGAUUCUGCUGAUGUUGACAGGAUUGAUGAAGCUAGGCAUGAAUUGCACAAAAUUGUUAAUGACCGUGAAAUGCGGGAAGCAGCAAUUUUGAUAUUUGCGAAUAAACAGGACUUGCCUGGAGGUUGGUAUUUUUAAUUUUUAAUUUAAUUUUAGAAGUGUGGGGAUAAAUUAGAUAGAGCGUUAGGGGUUGUAUGAGCGUGAAUCUAAGCUUUCAGAACUAUGAGUUUCAUGUUUAAUAAGACUUGAAUGUGUUGGUUUUCAUCUUUAUCCUUUCCUUUCUGAUUCUUUAUAUUUUUUAAUCUCAAAAAUAGGAGAAAUAUAAAUCGAGUUGAGAUAGGGAACAUUUUGAACCGUGACCAAAAAUU